GAUCCUCUUGCAGUUUUCUUUAUCCCCUCUCUUCUCAGGAAAAGUCUUGUGGUAUGCUAUAAUUCUUGUUGUGCAGACAAGUAAAUGAUUCACAGCUAAUUUCCAUGUUCAGAUCGAUCGAUCACUUCGACAUGAUUAUAGGUGUGUCUCUACUGCUGCCCUUGGCAGUAGUUUUACUUCUCCCUGCGAUCGCUCUAGGUGCCGACUAUGGCGAAGAGGUCAAUCCCGCUUCCCAAUUCAAAACGAAGACAAUCCCAGAUGGCACGAUGCCUCCGUUGCAGAAUUUUGGGGUACUCGCAGAAAACCGUUUGAGUUCUUGGGAUGAUGAGAAUCUUACGCUCACUACUAAUGUUUUAAUACCUGGAAACUUUCUGGCAAGGAAGCACUUAUCAAAUGGAUACAUUGGCCUUGCUGAGGCUUCGCUUGGUCCAUUUUUCGAAAGAGACUUCAAUCAAACACAUCGAGAUGGAAAGCAGCCAACGGAACCAUGGCCGGAAUUCAAUCCUCGUCAGAGUUUCGCAGGCAUCAUUGGAUUUUUCGACCGACAACACAAUACGACGGAAACAAAUUAUCCAGAACUUCUCGAUCGAGGUGAUGAGAGUGUUAUUUCUGGUAUACCUCACUUCACUGAUAUAUAUGUCACCGCUGGUGAUCAGGUGCUCAAUGCUACUGUGAACUUGGCUACCAUCAGCAAUUACAGCAGUUCGCUGAACUUGAUGAAUGCAACGGCAAGUUGGAGUUACACAUGGACUCCAAUUUUGAAUGGCAGUUCAAGCUUUGAGAUCGAGUAUGUGGCAUUUAUUAGUGCAGCCAGAGUCAACGUCGCUGCUGUUCAAUUGACUGUCACGCCAUUGAACAACGCAACAAAACACAUCACUAUAACUGAUAUCCUGGAUGGUAGAAGUGCUGUUAGGUCAUUUUUGGGACAGAAGGGCCAUGAUGAUGCUGCGUCUAUUUAUGUAUCGAAUCACCCAAAUGGCCUUCAAGAUGUUUCGGCAUGGACAUACUCCACGGCAAAAUUAUUAAACGGUAGCUUGAGCUCCGACUCACAGAGGUCUAUCGUAUCUCCUAACAAUAAUUCUAUGACUAUUGGACAAAAAUGGAAUCUUGAGAUACCACAUGGACAUUCAAUCACCUUUCAGAAAUUCGUUGGUAUUGCCUCGACGGACAAAUUCCCCAAUGCACAAAUGACAGCAGCUCAGGCAUCUGAUAAUGCAACAAGAGAUGGAUGGGAUGUGCUUCAUACGGAGCACACUGCAAUCUGGAAUCAACGUAUGCAAAACAAAAUCGUCGAUUACAGGAAUCCUGCCACCGGUCGUCUACCCGAGAACGAUACUACGGCCGAGGUUGAUCAAAUCAAUGCUGCUGUUAGUCGAUACAUGAUCCUUCAAACACUCCUUCAAGAAGGUGAUAAUGAUCUAAAUGACAACGGCAUCAGUGUUGGGGGAAUUACUGCUGAUCCAUACGCUGGUAUGACUUUCUGGGAUAUGGAUAUCUGGAUGUUCCCUGGUAUAGCUCUGACUGAUCCUGAUUAUGCUCUUCAAAUGAUCAAAUACCGUGUCAAGAUGUAUGCUCAGGCCAAAGCAAACGCUCAAGAAGAUUACGUGCAGGAAAAGUACAAGUUCGAUGAUGAUUCAAUCUUGUACUCUUGGACUUCGGGCAGAUAUGGCAAUGCUACUGGAACGGGUCCCGCAUUAGAUUACGAGUAUCAUAUCAAUACCGACGUGGAAAAGAUGAUGUUGGACUACAGAAGAAUUACUCGCAAUGAGGAAUACUUCAGAGAAGAAUUAUGACCAGUAGUCGAGAGUGUAGGGCAUACUAUUGAGGGGAUACUUCAAAAAGAUGCUCAGGGAAAAUGGAAUAUCUGGAAUAUGACUGACCCUGACGAAUGGACUAACCAUGUCAAAAAUGGUGCUUUCACUCAAGCAUCAUUUUUCCAAAUCAUGAACUCCAUAAUUUCCAUUAAAAAGGAAUAUAAUGAAAUAAUUCCACCUAAUUGGCUCGACAUAGCCGAGAACAUUACUAUUCCUGUUUCUUCCUCUGGCAUUACUCUCGAAUACGAAGAUAUGCCCUCCAACAUAACCGUCAAGCAAGCUGAUGUAACGUUGAUGCUCCACCCUCUUUCUCUUCCAGAGUCAUCGAAGCCUAUAAACUAUACGCUCGAAAGAAAACAAGCCGACCUUCAGUAUUACACACAAAAGCAAUCACUCCAUGGUCCAGCCAUGACAUUUGCCAUUAAUACCAUCGCUACACUAAGAUACGGACGUUCCGGUUGCUCAGCCUCUACCUACAACAAGAUGGGUGUAUUUUCCAAUCUUCGCGCACCAUGGUUCCUGAUGAGUGAACAAGCUAACGAUGACACUAACGCAAAUGGAGGAUACCCACCCGCAUUUCCAUUUUUGACCGGUCAUGGCGGUACGAUGCAAAUCGCUUUCUACGGAUAUCUAGGUCUGGAUUCUUCGCAAGACGUUCUCACUAUCCAACCAACUCUUCCUCCGCCAAAACAAUAUCUCAACCUUCAUGAGUUCAAUUGGGGAGGAUAUACAUUCAGUGCUAGUAUGAAUAACACUCAUACUAACAUUACAUUUACUGGAGUCUCGCCUUCUUCCUCCAACCCCCAGAACUCAACUUCUGUUCCUAUAGUUCAAAAUCUUCCUGCAUCUCGUCAUCCACAGGUCAACUUCAUGCUGUCUCUCAACCAGACUCUUACGUUGGAAAAUGACAUGUAUUGGCAAGAUCUCACCACACCCAAUAACCUAAUUCAAUGUCUUCCUAUCAUCGGAUCUGAUCCAACCGAGCUAAAUCGCUGGCCAGAGAGUGUCAAUGACGGGGACGUAGGAACAAGUUGGCAGCCCGAGAAUACUCAUGCGUCUUCUAUCUCUAUCAAUACUACGUCUGUAGCAGGUGAAAGAGUGAAGAAAAUUAAUGUAGUAUGGGGGCAACGAAUUCCGACCAGCGCUUUUGUUAUUAUAUUUAACUCCACCAAUGCGUCAGAAGGAGAAGGAGAAGAGUUCCUCCUUUCUCUUCCUGAUAUGGAUACUCCAGAUGUGGCAAAUAUCAUCAUAGCCAGAGAUUUCGAUGCGCUAGCAGAUGCUAUGUCUUCCGAUAAUUCUCCAGAAGGCGAUGGUGAAAAGUACUCUGGGGACGAUGUAAGACUCGAAGAAGGUUACAAAACGACUUAUGUGCUACCUGAUGAUAGAUUAGUAUAUAUGGGAGAUACAGCUGUGCUUCAGAUUGCUGGAUGUGUAGGCACUAGCUGUGGAGUUUUUGGAGAUGAGGCAGGGGCUACGGUAGAAGAGUGGGAAAUAAUUGGUGAGGCUUAGAGUGAGGGUGUGGUUUUGGAAUUGGGCUUGGAGGGGAGUUCGGCGUUCACUGCAAAUUAGGCCACGCUUCUAGAGCAGUGGGAUAUUCAAUGUUCGACGUCUAAUAUUUGGUGUUGAUUAUUUUCUUAAUAGACGGCAUUUAACA